AUGGCUGCCGCUAUCUCUUACCGUAUUUACAAGAAUGCCUUGGUCUUGUCUGCCUUUCUAGUUGCUGCUCAGGCACAACAGGUUGGCACAUAUCAGACUGAAACCCAUCCUUCUCUGACCUGGUCUAAGUGCACCAGCAGUGGCAGUUGCACAUCGACUGCCGGUAGCGUUGUCAUCGAUGCCAACUGGCGCUGGGUUCAUAGCACUACCUCAUCUACCAAUUGCUAUACAGGCAAUACUUGGGAUGCAACUCUCUGUCCCGACGAUGUGACUUGUGCAUCUUCCUGUGCGGUCGAUGGUGCUUCAUACUCAAGCACCUACGGUGUGACUACCAGCGGUGAUGAGCUGCGUCUCAACUUUGUCACCACGGCAUCGCAGAAGAAUAUCGGAUCUCGUCUCUAUCUCAUGGAGGACGAUAGUACAUACGAGAUGUUCCAACUUCUGAACCAGGAGUUUACCUUCGAUGUUGAUGUCUCCAAUCUCCCCUGCGGCCUCAAUGGAGCGCUCUACUUCGUCGCAAUGGAUGCCGAUGGUGGCACUUCUCGAUUCCCCAAGAACAAAGCUGGCGCAAAAUACGGCACUGGCUAUUGUGAUUCGCAGUGCCCGCGCGAUCUCAAGUUCAUCUCUGGUGAAGCCAAUGUUGAGGGCUGGGAACCAGCCGAAAAUGACGUGAAUUCUGGCCUUGGAAACCACGGCUCCUGCUGUGCUGAGAUGGAUGUCUGGGAAGCCAAUUCAAUUUCCAAUGCUGUCACUCCCCACCCUUGCGACACCCCCACUCAGACUGAAUGUACCACAGACGCCUGUGGUGGUACCUACAGCUCUGAUCGAUAUGCAGGUACUUGCGAUCCUGAUGGAUGUGAUUUCAACCCAUACCGCAUGGGUAACACCUCGUUCUAUGGACCGGGCAAGACUGUGGACACCAGCUCUCCCUUCACCGUUGUGACUCAGUUCAUCACCAAUGAUGGCACUUCCUCCGGCACUCUGAGCGAGAUUAAGCGCUUCUACGUGCAAGAUGGGGAGGUGAUCGGCCAGUCCGACUCCAAGGUCAGCGGUGUGACCGGCAACUCCAUCACCACCGAUUUCUGCACGGCUCAGAAGAAGGCCUUUGGAGAUACCGAUAGCUUUACUGAGCAUGGAGGCCUUGCCGGUAUGGGCGCUGCUAUGGCCGAAGGAAUGGUCCUCGUGAUGAGUCUGUGGGAUGACCACAACUCCAACAUGCUCUGGCUCGACAGCACUUAUCCGACCACAGCCUCCUCCACUACCCCCGGAGCUGCACGCGGUUCCUGCGAUAUCUCUUCGGGUGAUCCCGACACUGUGGAGACUGCGGAUGCUAACUCAUACGUUAUCUACUCGAACAUCAAGGUCGGCCCAAUUGGCUCAACUUAUAACUCUGGCAGUUCCUCCGGUGGAUCAAGCUCGAGCACCACUACUAGCAAAACGUCCACCACUAGCAAAACGUCCACCACCACCAAAACAUCCUCGACCACUUCGUCUACCGGCUCGAGCACUACUGGAGCGGCUCACUAUGCCCAAUGCGGUGGAAUUAGCUGGACUGGUGCGACCACCUGCGCUAGUCCAUACACUUGCACCAAGCAGAACGACUAUUACUCCCAGUGCCUGUAG